GCAAACUGAAACGAAGCCCUGGAGACGAACCAACGUUUCGUGAUCUGUUUAAGUUCGCCAGCCAGUUCGAGCUGUGUAUGCUGAGCAUUGGAUUGGCGAUGAGCAUAGUCUUGGGUUUUGCUUUUCCGCUCACUAUCCUUGUCUUCCGUUUCAUCGUGAAUGAUUUCAUGAGCCCUGAUUUUAUCCUGGCCUAUGCGGAUAUUAUCAACACUUCUGUUUGGUUCGCUAUCAUUGCUCUUUGUUCUUUCAUUUUGGCCUUUUCACAAACGGUUCUCGUCAGCUUCUUUACGGAGGGCGUUUGCCAUCGUAUUCGGAUGAAUUAUUUUCAUGCGAUACUAUACCAGGAUGCCAGCUGGUAUGAUCAGCAGGAAGUGGGGAACUUGGUAAAAUAUCUCUCUGAAGAUAUUGACACUAUAGAAUCAGCGAUCGGCGUUUAUUUGACCGAUUUCAUACAAAACUUGACCAGUUUUGUAGCCGGACUUGUCAUCGCUUUUGUUAGCAUAUGGAAAUUGACCUUAGUCGCAUGCAGUAUGCUUCCACUGAUCGUUGCUGGUUUUGUGUCCUUCGGGGUCAUUUCCCGUCACUUCCUUCCGAAAGAGUUCCAAUCCUACGCGAAAGCCAGCUCCAUUGCAGAAGAAGUUUUCCGUGCCAUUCAAACGGUGUUUGCUUUCGGUGGAGAGGAGAGAGAAAUUUCACGCUAUUCUGAGCAGCUCGAUGCAGCUUCAGUCGUCGGUGUGAAACAAGCCAGUUGUUACGGCCUCGCUGGCGGUUUCAUCAGUUUUUCAAUCUACUCCUCUGCUGCAUUGGUGUUUUGGUAUGGCGUCAGCUUGAUGCGCAAAGAGGAAUGCGAUGCAGGGUCGGUUGUUUUGGUUUUUCUCAACCUUAUCAUCGGAAGCCUUUUUCUCGGAGGUGCCUUGCCCAAUGUCCGAUACUUCUAUGCCGCCAAAGCAUCUGCGGAAAGGUUGUUUCGUGUCAUCGAAAGAGAGCCGCCAAUCGACAGUCGCCGCGGUGGCCUCAGGCCGAAUGAUUUCUUCCGCACAAUACAGUUCCAGGACGUUACUUUUUCUUACAGCAGCCGACCGAGCAACGUGGUCCUCAGAAAACUGAAUUUGAGUAUAGAGCGUGACCAAACCGUCGCCUUCGUCGGUCCCAGUGGCUGCGGCAAGUCCACAGUCAUGCAUUUACUGCUGCGCUUUUACGAUCCAACCCACGAUCUGAAUCUGGAUUGGUAUAGGUCUCAGAUUGGAAUAGUGCCUCAAGAGCCUAUCAUGUUCACAGGGACCAUAUAUGAGAACAUUCGGUUGGGUGACGCCAAUGCGUCUGAAGAUCAGGUUACUAAUGCCGCUAAACUAGCAGACGCCCAUCAGUUCAUCAUGCAGUUCCCUGAGGGUUACAGCACAAAAAUUACUCAAGCUUCGACGUGUCUCUCGACCGGUCAAAAACAGCGUAUAGCCAUCGCGCGGGCCCUAGUUCGCAACCCGCGUAUUCUCAUUCUGGAUGAGGCGACGUCUGCUUUGGAUUGCCAAUCUGAACUGUCGGUUCAGACCGCUUUGGAAAACGCUUGUGCCGGCCGUACGGUUGUUAUCGUUGCGCAUCGGUUGUCAACGGUGUUGAAGGCGGAUAAGAUAUUUGUGCUAGAAGACGGUUGCAUUCAGGAGAGCGGGACCCACUCCGAAUUAUGCCAACUGGAUGGCCUAUAUGCAGUUAUGUUCGCCGCACAGCGGCAAACGGUCAAACAGGACUGCAGUCAGAAGUCAUUAGACUCACCACCUGAUAUUGGCGAUGGUGACAACUCACAGGAAGCCCUUCGUCCUUCAAACCUGGUUCUCAAUUCCCUCGAGGACUUAUCGUGUGAUCUUGAAGUGGACGCGGUCAAUCCGAAGACAUCGGUCGUUGUGGAUUUUCCAUCUGCGCCAUCAGCACUUUUACGUGUCAUGAAAAUGUCCAAACCAGAAGCUGCGUUUAUCGUCGCCGGAAGUUUUUUUGCUGCCUUGUCUGGAUUGAUUCAACCGAUGUUCGCAAUUCUGUAUGCGGAAACUUAUAAUGUUUUCACAAUGUCCGGUAAUCCCCGGAGCAUGGACGCUCGGAUUAACCUGCUCACAGGGAUAAUGACGUUCCUUGGAUUGCUGCGUUUGGUUAGCUCAACUGUACAGGCAUAUUUCUUCGGAGUUGCCGGGGAGAGGCUCGUCAAACGACUAAGAAUAUUACUUUUCCGAGCCAUCUUACGUCAAGAGUUGGCCUGGUUUGAGGACCCAGACAAUCAUAUCGGCCGGCUUACCAACAUGCUGGCCUGUGAAACCAACAAAAUUCGUCCUCUCUGCGGAUCUGCGAUGGGGCGUAUCGUGGAGUCGUCUGUACUUGUCGUUCUUUCUCUGGCAAUCGCUUUUCAUUAUAGUUGGAAACUUACCCUGGUUGUAACCGCAUUCGUCCCUGUCGUCGUUCUUUCGAGCUUUCUUAACGUUCGUCACUUGAAAGGUAACGUCGCAGAAAACCGGGACAACGUUGCAAUUCAGGUGGCCUAUGAAGCCCUGUUUUCCAGUCGAACCGUUAGUGCCCUUGGGUUGGAAAGUCAUUUUCAUCGAAAAUAUGCUACUGCUCUUCAGGAAGAAAAAAAAUCCCACAGGUUGAAGUCUCUUGCAUUCGGUUUGGUUUAUGCAUUGGCCCAGUCGCUUCCCAUCUGCUCUUAUGCUGCUGCUUUUUCCUACGGCGGAAUGCUGAUGUCUCAGAACGAAAUCUCUCUGAUAGCCAUCUUUAGAGUGUUCGCGGCCAUCAAUUUUGCCGCCCAGGCUCUUGGUAGGUCUUCACACUUCGGAGUCGACAUGAGAAACGCCAUUCGCGCUUUCUCAAAAAUUUGGCUAAUUCUUGAUCGCAAAUCAGCAAUUCCAGUUGACCAGGGAAUAUAUCCCCAGUUUGAUUUGAAUUCCGUGACCAUCAAAUUUGAACAUAUUUCAUUUUCCUACGGCACCCGCCCAGGCGCCAUGGUACUGAAGGACUUAUCACACAUCAUUAAACCAGGGCAGAAGAUUGCUCUGGUUGGCCACUCUGGCUGCGGGAAGACAACUUUAUUGAAGUUAUUGCAACGAUUUUAUCGGUACCCGCGCGACCCUACUCGUGGCAUAUUCCUCGGUGACAUCUCACUGAACAAGAUAGCCCCCAGAUGGAUCAGGAGCCAGAUCGGCUUUGUGGACCAGGAGCCACGUUUAUUCAAUUUGAGUAUGAGGGAAAACAUAGCCUAUGGAGAUAAUACUCGAAUCGUCAGCCUGGAUGAGGUGAUCGAUGCGGCACGCCGGGCUCACGUUCACGAAUUCAUUGCUGGUUUACCCCAGGGCUACGAAACUCCUCUUGGACCCCGCGCCUGCGAGCUAUCAGUUGGCCAAAAGCAACGCGUCGCAAUUGCCCGGAUGUAUAUCCACCGCCCGAACUUGCUGCUUCUUGACGAAGUAACGUCAGCCUUGGAUGCGCGAACUGAAGAAAAGAUACAGCUCAAUCUGGAACGGUUCCUACAAGGAAAAACUGCUAUCAUCAGUGCUCAUCGGCUUUCAGUGAUACAGAAGACCGACUUGGUUAUCGUGUUGGCUGAUGGAGUGAAAGUGGAAGAAGGAACUAUUGAAGAACUUGCAGCUUCUAAAGGUGCUUUUGAAGUCAUCAUUCGCUCCCAGUAAAGCGUACAAUUCCGUCACAACUAUCACGUAAAAGCGCCAGGCUGUGAUUCCCCAAUCUCCCCAUUUGCCAAACAGUUGUGUGUUCAGAUUCAUAUAAAUUGCACUCCCAAAUUCUUUAAGCAGC